GCCACCGCUGUCUCUGAAGUGUGGAUCUAACGGAGACGGUAGCGAAAACAUCGAUGCCCUGAAGCAACUACGUGGUGUCACUUGCUAAAGUGUCCGGCCACAGCAGACGUGCAAUGGAGAGUAGACCGAGCAGAGGCAGGGGAGGCAGUUGGAAAAGAGGUGGCCGAGGUGGACACGACAGUGACAGCUUUGGCGGUGAGCACCGGGGCAGAGGCCGAGGAGGCCACCAUCGCGGCCGGGGCAAAAGAGACCACUACCGCGGUCGUGGACGCGGGGGAAGCGCGCACGCAACAGAGUUCCAUAACCGGCACCAAGAUGAAGGAGACAAUGUUCAGGAGGAAGAUGACAGGAGGGAGGUUUUCUCCAGGAGGAAACUGGAGUCAAACUGGGAUCGUUACGCGGAGUCAGAGAAACAGGAGCCCGAUGACAACAUGCCCACUCAGAGAGGAACAGAUUACCUCGUCCUGCUGGAGUCAGCAGGGGAUUCCUUCACUCAAUUCCGCCUUGCAGAGGAAAAAGACUGGGAGAUGGACUUAUUUACAGCCAGUCAGAUGUCAGCGGGGUUCGUGGACCUCCCAGCUCUUGCCCAGACCCUUCAACGGGUUCCUCUGCAUCAGAGACUCAACCUGGAGGCCGAGCUGGUUCAGGUCCUGACUCCAGUAGAGCUGCCCACAGUGAGCCCCGCACCUAAACAAGAAAUGUCCAAAACGUCCACAUUCACUCCUCCGUCCACAACUUUUAAAGGUCUCAGCAUCAACCAGAAAGUCCCCGUGGCUACAAACCCAGUGUCCACCUCAAAUGCUUCCAAGCUGCCAGAGGAUGAUGGUGAUGAAGAGCUGGACCAGCUGCUCAGUUUAGAAAAACCAGUCUCAGGUGUUGUAGGAAACCAGUCUGCCAGUGUUACAGAUGAGGAGAGAGUCAGUCCAGAGGAAGUGUGUGCCGAAAUGAAGGAGGCGGCACCGGAGGUGUUGGAGGAGAAGACGGAGGAGAUGAAAAACAAAGAUGUCACACCUCCAAAGGCCUCCGUCAAGCAGGAAAUGACAGAGGAGGACCUGGAGGACUGGCUCGACAGCAUGAUCUCCUGACCACCAAUGAUCCAGGACAGACUUGAUGAAGUAUGUAAAGGAAAGUGGACUUGAACCUCCUCUGCUUUGGCUUUUGUCCUUUUAAAAAUCCUAUCAAGACCAAACAGAAAUUUACUUGAAACAUUCAGCCUUAAAGCCAGUUAUUAACCUCACAUGCUGAAGGACUUUGCUUCACAUUAGCCUCCGCUUUGUUUCUGGAGCUUAAUGAGAGACGAUAUGUUUGGAGGUGCAGAGACGGGACAGAACAUCUUGAACGUUUGUGAGAAUGUGUCACAAUGUUCCCUCUGCACCUUCAGAGACAGAAUUUUCUCAAGAGAGUGUGUAAUGGACGGACAGUGAAAGAGGUCACAAACACGUUUGGUUUAUUGCGUCAAUUAAUUUAUUCAUUUCCUCCCCAUCAUUAAAAGAAAUGCGGUUUACCAAAGCUACUACAUACAUACAAAUGGCCAUACAACAGCAGUUAACCAUCUUGUCGUCAAUAAAUCCCUGAACCAAG